GAUCAUGAACCUUUUUGAUGACCAUCUCAGACGGUGAAGCCGUGAUUGGACAAGGAAAUAUGUCCGUUGGUGCGCGAGCUGCCUUUUCACAUCAAGCGCGUCUGCCGGCACUUUGUUCGAGGCGACCCCACGCUCACCACUGUUUUCCGGGGCCCUGCUAGCACGGCUACAGGGGACGGGAGUGGCUGUUCGCCUGUUUCUGCUCCCGUCCAUCUCCCAGCCCAACGGUCCUCAACUAGCCCAAGCAGGAGUCGCCUAAUCCCAAUCAUCACCAAACCCUCACUUUCCACUCUCGCCCAGGCCACCAGGUAUGCCAAAAUUUUGACAGCUACCACACCCGUCCUCCCGCUUUCACCGCCAAGCCAUUGACAACUACAUCAUUUUGUGGGGCUCAACCAUGCCAGGUACAUGCAUUUGAGCAUUUCCUCAGGGGGCCUCCCAGGACACAACUACCACUUUCCACAAUUUUUGAUAUGUUGUCUUGUGCGUGACUCGACGCUAGGACCAGUCAAAGGUACCCUCAGCGCCACCACCCUCACAGCCGCCAAAGAUGUCUGGUCCACGAAGCCGAUUCACGGAUGGCCAAGGCCGCUUCGGCAUGCCGUUUUAUCGAGAUGAGGCCUAAUCAAGCCAGAGAGAAGCUCUCCAGAGUCCGACAUGUCCCGUUUGGUUGUGGAGGCUCUGUUGGAAACAGAGCUAUAAAGAUGGACAAAUAUGCCAUACCGGACGAGAUAGAAUACUACAACAACCCGUACGAGGACGGUCAGGAGGGGUGGGACCAGGGGUACUCGGACCAGCAGUACUUGAACCAGCAGUACCCGGGUACUAACAUUCCCCGUACGACUUACAUCGACCAGACCGCCCUCACAUCUCUUGCCACCAACGCAGGACCUUCGUACCCAUAUCUCUCCACAGGUUCAGCUAGCCACGACGACCCAGGGUCCUACAUACCGCCUCACCCUGGUCUCGCCACUCAACCCUGGGAUAUGGGACCAUACCAAGUCUGGACAACAUCGUCUUUACCUCCCACUACUACUUAUACCAUGACAUCCGGCGCUUUCUCUGACCCCACUGCCACCGGCUUCCCGGACAUUGCUCCCCUCUCGGACAGCUUGCCUCCCAUCCCUGAGCAACAGCUCGUGGAGUACCCGAGCGGCUACGACUACUCCUACGGCCAAGCUCCUCCUCGAGAACCCAGCUCAUCCCCCUCCCAACUCAGAUGUGACAUCUGCAACGAGAACUUUGCAAAUCAAAAGAACUGGGACCGUCACCUCACCUCUGAGAAGCACCUCAGCAACGUCGGUGAGGACGACCCCGACGUCCCAAAGUACAGAUGCGCAUGCACCUACUCGGUAGCUCGGAAGGACAACUACCGCCGGCACCUCAAGCACUGCGCCUUUCGUAUCGACUUUGCCUAUGUCUGCACCUGUGGGGAGCCCACUCAGGACAAGGAGUAUCAUGAGCAGCAUAUCGACAAUUGCGGACGCAAGAGACAUAGGAGAGGGCACAAAUGGUAGAAUUUGGUUACCUACCUAUUCUAUGGAAUAAGAGGUGGCAGCUCUGGAGCGGUCGAUUUCAUUUUUGUUUUCGUUUCACGGGUUGGUCUCAAGAUUUUGGUCCCCACGGACUCGAGAACAUCAGUCGCUUCAGCAACAAUUUCCCUUUUCUUUUCGAUUACGGUACCUGCCAGCACACAACUUUUAUGAUGACUUACGACAUUUUUUUCUUUUUUUCUCUUUCGAGACGUAUUCAUUUUAUUUUUCAUUUGUUACACGAGAGUGCCCGGGCAUUUAUGAGUUGGAAAGGGGGGGAGGGGGGAGGGGGAAAAGAGCUGUUCGGCGAGCAAGGGACUAAUGAGGAGGAGGCAAAUGGUACCAUUUGAAUGUCUAUUAACAUGUUUUCCUUUUUUGUUUUCUUUCUCCAAUAAUUACAAUCGCUUUCCCACCC